AUGCCCACCAUCCACAGCCCCUCUUCUCCCACCUACGGCACCUGCCAUGCAUCUCACCUCCCUCUAUCCGCUUUUUUCCCUCUCUUCUCCCUCCUGCCCGACCCUCUCCCCCACCCGCACAGCACCUGCGCAGUCGCAACCGACCAAUCACAGGCCGCCACGUCAGCCGACGGCACGGGCUCGGCGCCGACCCAUGCUGAGCUGGAAGCUGCCCGACGCCAGCUGGCAGAGGCAGAAGCAAGCGUGGCAACGCUCAGAGGGGAGCAGGAGACGCUAAUGAACGACUUAAUGCAGGUGCGGCAAGUGGCAGCGGGCAAAGAGGCAGACCUGCAGGCGCUAUCAAUGGCAUAUCACAGUCUAGAGCAGGAGAACCUCAGACUAGAAGGGGAGGUCAAAACCCUCCAAUCCACCACCGAAACCCUCCGAGCCAACCUGGCUUCGGCCGAAGCUGCUGCCGCAGCUGGAGGUUCGGCGGGGGCAGGAGCAGGCUCGGGGGUGCCCGAAGCUCAAGUGGAGGAGCGGGUGGAGGCGGCUCGGCAGGAGGCUCGGGAGGAGGCGCAGAGGGAGAGUGAGACGGAGCUGAAUGAUUUGCUGGUGUGUUUGGGGCAGGAGGAGAAGAAGGUGGAGGUGCUGAGAGGGAGGCUGGUUGAAUUGGGGGAGGAUGUAGAUGCUUUGAUGGAUGGGAUAGUGGAGGGAGAGGAGGGGGGUGCGGAGGAGGAGGAGGAGGAGGAGGAGGGGUGA